GCCGCCCCGCCGGCCAUGUCGCGGGGCUCCCGCCUGGCGCUGGCCGUCUCCGCGCUGCUCUCCGCCGCCAUCGUGGCGGCCGUACACAUCCAGCAGCGCCGGGAGCUGGAGAGGCUGCGAAGUGGCGUGGUCAGAGAUCUCGAGCGUCAGAAUCAGAAAAAGGAGAACGUUCGCCUGUUGGAAGAGCAGAUUGCUCUGACAAAGCAGCUCAUUGAGGAGAGAGACAAGGCGCUAAUGGAAAAACGUUCCCAGCAGCCCUAGGCUCAGGCCUGGC